GGCAAAUAAGACAUUCACUAAGUGAAAGGAGUAUUCUAUACAAUUUCUCUAUGGCCAUGAUUCAUCCACAUCAAUCCAACAUUUCAAAACAAAAACUUCAUAAAUUAUCUACCCACUACAAAAAUUAAAAGACCAAACCCAAGAACAUCAUCAUCUUCUUCAUCAUCAUCAUCCAUCAUCAAUCAUUAAUCAUCAAAAAUGUUGAUAGAAUCAAUCAAAUAUUGGUUAGUAAAUCACUCAACAAUCUCAAAUUUCCAAUGGAAUCCCCAAACAACACCAUUUUCUUCUCCCCAAUUCCUCAGCUUCACCAUCCUUUCAUAUCUCUUCCUCACUUUCCUCCUCUCUCACUCCUCUCUCCCCCCUCUUCCUCCCCUUCUCCUCCGCUCAAUCUCAGCCCUCCAUAAUCUCAUCAUCCUCCUCCUCUCCCUCACAAUGGCCGUUGGAUGCACUCUCUCCACCCUAUCCCAAACACCUUCACCACACUGGAUCUUCUGUUUCCCAGCCAAUCAAACUCCGCCACGUGGACCCGUCUUCUUCUGGGCUUACAUCUUCUACUUAUCCAAAAUCCUUGAAUUCAUAGACACACUGCUUAUCAUCCUCAGUAAAAGCAUCAAACGGCUCUCGUUCUUACACGUGUACCACCACUCAAUGGUUCUGAUUAUGUGCUACAUUUGGCUUUACACGUCACAAUCAUUGUUCCCAAUUGCGUUGGUGACGAAUACGAGUGUACAUACUGUGAUGUAUGGGUAUUAUUUCAUGUGCGCGGUUGGGAUUCGUCCGUCAUGGAAGAGAUUGGUGACCGACUGUCAGAUUAUACAGUUUGUAUUUAGUUUUUGUAUUUCUGGGGUUAUGUUGUAUUACCAUUUUAGUGGUACAAAAUGUUCUGGGUUUUUGGGUUGGUGUUUUAAUGCGGUUUUUAAUGCCUCACUUUUGUAUUUAUUUAUUAAUUUUCAUUCUCAAACUUAUAAAAAGAAAAAGGAAUUGAAAAUGGGUAUGGAAGAUAAUAAGGAUAAGGUUAGGGAUAAGAUUUUGUAAUUCUCUCAACUUUCUUUGUUGAUUUUCUUGUUUGUAAGAAUUUGCAUUACAAUGCAAAUUGUUUUCUUACGCUCCUAAUUUUUGCUAAGUUGUAUAUGAGGUUUGCAAUUAAGAAUC